UGCACCGCGGCUGUCAGAUACAGCCUGACACUGUGCUGCUGUACUAGCGGAGAGCACUCUGGCAGAAGGGCCGACUUACUCCCAGGGCUGCAAGCAUGGACCAAGAAAACAACUCGGAGGACGAUUCAGUCGGCCCUUCGGGGGACGGAAUGCCGUGUCUACCUCCAGAUCUUUCGGAUGGUGAAGCAGUGGAGUUGCUUUGGCAGUUGCGAGCCCAGCGCCGCCAGUCGUCUCCUGAACUCCCAGAGACGGUGUCUCGUCUUACUGCACCUGAUGGAAGCAUCUUAUACCUGGUGGGCACUGCCCAUUUCAGUGAUAGCAGCAAAAAGGAUGUAGCCACGACGAUCCGAGCUGUGCAGCCAGACGUGGUCGUGGUGGAGCUGUGCCAGUAUAGGGUAUCGAUGUUGAAGAUGGACGAGAAUACGCUGUUAAAGGAAGCCAAAGACAUCAAUCUGGAUAAGGUUCAGCAGGCUAUCAAACAGAAUGGGGUGAUGUCGGGUCUGAUGCAGAUUCUGCUGCUCAAAGUUUCAGCUCACAUCACAGAGCAACUGGGCAUGGCGCCUGGAGGAGAGUUUAGGGAGGCCUUCAAAGAGGCUGGCCGGGUACCUUUUUGUAAAUUUCAUCUCGGGGAUCGGCCAAUUCCUGUGACGUUCAAGAGAGCCAUCGCUGCUCUCAGUCUCUGGCAGAAGGCCCGUCUGGCCUGGGGUCUUUGCUUUCUGUCAGACCCAAUCAGUAAAGAGGAUGUGGAGAAGUGUAAACAGAAGGACCUGCUUGAGCAAACUAUGUCAGAGAUGAUUGGAGAGUUUCCUGCUCUUCACAAAACCAUUGUGGCUGAAAGAGACAUCUACCUCACACACACUCUCCGACAGGCUACUCGCUGUGUGGAGUCCCCCCCUAAUGCCCAGAAAGUGCCUGCUGUGGUGGUGGGAGUCGUAGGGAUGGGUCACGUCCCUGGCAUAGAACGAAACUGGGACAAGCAGCUUAAUAUUAAUGAAAUCAUGAGUGUCGCACCUCCCUCACGCGUUGGCUGGGUGUUGUGCGCUGUCAUAAAGGGCGUCAUGAUGGGAAUGCUGGGAUAUGCCUGUUAUCGUGUCGGUGGAAGUUUAGGUAGAGCCCUGCUGUCUUUACCUCCAGUCCGAUCUUUACUGGAGACACUGCGGCCUCUUCCUGCUUGACCCAACUGGUCUUCUCUAAGCCAUCUGUGAAACAGAAUUAUGAUCUAUUAAAACAAUGCAUCCAUCACCAAUGGCCUUAAAAUCAGGUGUCAGGUGAGGCUGGAGGAAGAGGGUUCACCAGCCCAUAUUGUGAACUAACAAGGACCUAAUGGGGUUCAGAGCUCCCCACUUUAUAAUGAUGUCUCUGUAGACACAACAGGGCUGUACUGCCAAAGAAACCAUGACAGUACUCUUGAGUACCUUGCAUAUUUUGUGCAAAUUCAUGCAUAUAUAUAUUUUUUUGUUUGUUUGUUUUAUGGUAAGAUUCACAAAGGCCAAUAGUUCAUUUUGAGUAUAUUUAUAUUUUCCACAGCAUUCCUUCAAAGGACUCAUGCACACGUUUUCUUUUUCAUUAUUAUUAUUUGAUUAGCAUCCUGAUCAUCAGGUUCACUGUUACUCACGGGCCCUCAUAUAGUGGGGGAUUUUUCUGGGAGCAUGCUGUUUCUUUAGUCCUUCAUAUAGUGCCGACCAGUAUUGUUGGUAAUUGGCUUGUUUCAAGUUCAGCACUUUAUUAGAGACUGAUAACAUUUUUGUUCUGUACAUGCAGUCUGGGAGAGGGGAAAAAAAUACAGCUAUGUUAAAAAAGUGGAAAAAUACAAUAUAUAGUUAUUGUAUAGACUGGCCCACAUAUGUAUGUAAGGAAUACAUGAAAAUGAUGUGAAUCAGACUGAGCGUCAUUCUCCUAAUUCUCAAUACGUUUUUAAAGCAUUAGACAAACUUCACUGAUUUCUUCUGUGCACCGUCCUGCCAACAUCAACAAGACAAGUGCCUCAUAUUGGAGCUGCAGAAAUGUGUGUUGUUAUCUUACACGUGCAAAGGUUCAAUGCAAGAUUAAAGAGGAUGUCUUUAUGAUAUUACAUGAUCUGCCUAUUUUCUAAAUACUAAAAAGUUUGUGUUGACUUGGUUGCAGCUGAAAUGAUACCAUACACCCAUUUAUGUCAUUACCCAUGCAUACAGAACAGGUUUAUAUAUGCCUCAGGAAGAGCAGUGCAUCAUCUAUCAACUUCUAGAGUUGUUUAUACCUCCAGUUUGGGGCCCUCUCACACAAAUAUAUGCAUUAUAUACAGAAAGUUGUCUCUAAAAACCAUCACAAGGAAACAUCCUAAUAUUCAGUGUGCCAACUGUACUUUUGGAAUAUAUGCAUUAUUAUUUCCCAGUCUGAGAUAAACCCAUGGACCGAAAUGCUGAAAAUUACAAAACAUGUUUCUUUCUCUCAAAUGAACCAUCAUGUUUUUAAUGACUGUUGUUUUUUAUCUUCUAUGAAGGAAACUGAGCCGGUCAGAUUUGGGAGAUAAAGCCUUAUUCUGUUAUCACUGCUGCCUUUGAGUCUUACAUUGCCCAACACUGAGCUGUAUCUCUUGUAGAGCUUCUUACUGAGUUUGUAAUCACUGGCUACAUGACCUUCCCUUGAAAUAUGAGCUGUCCCAUUAAUAAUAAUCGAGUAGUCUAAACUGUACAGACAUUAAUUUCAAGGUAAAGUCAGACAAGUUAAUUUCCUUUUAUAAUCCGAAUAAAAGAAUAUGAAAGAUUAACUUGAACUUGAAAUCAUAAGUGGACAACUUGCAAGCUUUCCACAUUUUGGAUAAUUCAUAUAAAGUCCAACCUCUGCAGCAUC